AUGACUCUAUUAGCAAGAAACGCAUGUAGUCUUCUCUCUAGGAGAGGUUUGGCAUCUGCCGCAGCAUCUGCUCCAAAGGCUACAACUCCAAGAUUAAAGACUUUUAAGAUUUACCGUUGGAAUCCAGAUAAACCAGCAGAAAAACCUCAGUUAAAAGCUUAUGAAGUUGAUUUAAACAACUGUGGUCCUAUGAUCUUAGAUGCUUUGUUAAAGAUCAAAAAUGAACAAGAUGCAACUUUGACUUUCAGAAGAUCAUGUAGAGAAGGUAUCUGUGGUUCAUGUGCUAUGAAUAUUGGUGGUAGAAAUACUUUAGCAUGUCUAUGUAAAAUUGAUCAAGAUGAAUCCAAACAGACUAAGAUCUACCCUCUACCUCACAUGUACAUCGUUAAGGAUUUGGUUCCUGAUUUAACAAAUUUUUACCAACAGUACAAAUCCAUCAAGCCAUACCUACACAGAAAGGAUUUCCCUGCUGAUGGUAAGGAAAUUCUUCAAAGUAUUGAUGAUCGUAAGAAAUUAGACGGUCUUUACGAAUGUAUUCUAUGUGCAUGUUGUUCUACUUCUUGUCCUUCCUAUUGGUGGAACCAAGAAGAAUAUUUGGGCCCAGCAGUAUUGAUGCAAGCUUACCGUUGGUUAAUUGAUUCCAGAGAUCAAGCCACUAAGAUGAGACAGGAAAUGUUAGAAAACUCGAUGUCUCUAUAUAGAUGUCACACUAUUAUGAAUUGUACCAAGACAUGUCCAAAGGGUUUGAACCCAGGUCGUUCUAUUGCAGAGAUCAAGAAACAACUUGCCUUCUAG